AUGGUUCCUAAGAUGCCUGAUCAAGUCAAGCAUUUAAGUAGGUUGGUAGGUGUUACAGAUGUCGAUUGUAUCAAUAACCUUAGAAUGGACCGUAACACGUUUGGUAGGCUUUGUCUUUUGUUGAGACAAAUUAGUGAUCUGUCAGAUGGAAAAUAUGUCAAAAUAGAAGAGCAAGUGGCUAUGUUUUUAGGUGUUCUAGCACAUCAUAACAAAAAUAGGAUUGUCUCAUUUACUUUCUUGAGAUCCGGCCAUACGGUGUCAAGGUAUCUACAUGCAGUCUUGAAUGCCAUCAUAAAACUACAUGUCAUUCUUUUUGUCAAACCUGAACCAGUACCUGAUGAUUGCACUGAUUCGCGAUGGAAAUGGUUUAAGGGAUGUCUAGGCGCACUAGAUGGUUCAUACAUAAAUGUUAUGGUCCCCAACGAAGAUAAGCCAAGAUAUAGGACACGGAAGGGGAUGGAAAGAUAA